GUCAACACACGGUGGGCGUACCUGGCGUACGCCAAUGCAUCUGACAAUACCUGCAUCCGUCUCGCUUUAGCACGUUCCGGAAUACGCGUGUGCCAAAAUACGGUUUUGCUAGGCGACUUUUAUUUUUGAAAUUUUCGAAAAACGUCAUUCUAGUUUUACUAACGUUUUUUUUUGGAAGGAACGAAAGAAAAUUGACUAAAGAUGCCACAAGGACCUAUGGCAAGUCCCUUGAUGAAGCCUUUCGUCGUCCUCGCGCUUCCCGGCAUGUACUUGUUUUACAAGUACAAUCAGUAUAAGCGCAAAAGAAAAGAGAAUGCCAAAAGGAGACUCACGGAAAGGGAACUUCAGCAUCUACACAAUAAAAUCGACAAAUUGCUGAACAAACUCGAGGAGAGCGAACCCGAAUUGGCCACCACACAAGAGGAAGAGUGUGUCAUCUGCAUCCAUGCCAAAGCGACUAUGCAAACAGCCCCGUGCGGACACCAGGUUGUCUGCAGGAAGUGUUUCGUCAAGACCAUACAAAUAGCGGUCUCGCAAAGACUGCUGCCUCUCCGAUGUGUGAUAUGUAGGGCGAAAAUCCUCAGACUUAAGACAGGACCCAUCCUUCCGACAUCAGCGAGUGGAUAUUCGGUAAAUUCCCGGGCCUCUUCGGUACCCCAAUCGGACAGCCUCUACAGCGUCAGUAGCGGCGGCUCGUCGAUCUCUUCCUCAUCUUGUUCUUCCGAAACCAGCAGAGGCCCCGGACCUUGUUGCAACGGCCAUUGCUUAGGUGCUUACCCGAGACAGCCGGCAACGGGGGCGAUACGAAGGUCGCAGCAGCACGCGAUGAAGAUGCGUCUGCAAGAGUAUUGCAGGCCGGAGAAGAACCACGUUAACAGGUUACCUCCCAUUAGGGAACUGCCUGGGGCCAGCCCGUUGCACGCACCUCCACCUUCUACAAGAAUACGAUGCGCUCAGAAGAUUCUGACCCAGUUAGAGUCGGCGCCCCUCUUGGGGGGCAAAAACUCCAAGAACACCAAGAAUUACAAGUACGAGAAGCUGCCACAGAGCGACGAGGACGAGGAGGAGGACGCGUCCAAGUCGCACGAUAAGAAAUGGUGGUCGGACAAGCGGUGGAAUGAGCGGACGAAAAACGAGGAACGCAUAGACAACAAGAAGAACGAGAUCGUCGAAAAGCAGCUCGAACUUAAGGAGAAGCAGAAGCUGAUAAAAGGCGAUGGCAAAAAGAAGGACGGCAACAAACAGGACACGAAAAAUAACAGUACAAAGGAAGACAGAGUUUAAAGAUUUUAAUCAAAUACGCCUCACAAAACGUCACGUAAACUUACAGAAGCAGAAUUUUUAACGACUCCACUCGAUCAGGGACUUAAUUGCCUAAAAAGAUGAUACCUAUGUAUACAAUUUUAGAAAAUAGAUUUAUUGUAAUUUUAAUGAAUUAACACAAUCGAUUCCAAAUCGUAAAUGUUAAUCCUUAAUUCUAACUAAAACUUAAAUGAAGGAUGUUAUAGUUUCCAAUAUUCGUUAUUUAUAAAGUGCAUUUAAUCAAAAUAAUCAGGGAAUAGUUUUAAACUAGUACAUCGAAUAACAUCAGAGCAAAUCAAAAUCGUUAAAAGUUGUUAAAAAUUCUGUAUGUGGUCAAUUAGUUCAGUCAAUAAACCUUUUGAUAAACAAUAAGUUUUAACAGGUAUCAAUAUGAAUGUGCAUUUGUGAGGUAGAAUAUGAAUCCGGUAAAUGAAUUAUCAAUGGAAUUGUUCACAGAAUUUUCUCUUUACAGGAUAAAUGAAAACAGUUGCCUAAAAUAAAAUAUAAUUAUUAAAGGUUAAAAUUUAAUAAUAUAAACUUAAUUAUUAAAUGUUUUAUUUUCUGUAUACCAGACUAUUUACACAAACAAUUUUUUCAUGAAA